UACGUCACUCUGCAUCCGAACCUAGACCAGUCGCAGCCAUUUUACUCCGCGAAAUAAACUUCAAUCACACCUCUGGAGGAAAAAAACAUAAUACACAAGAUAAUUUCGCUGUCAUUCAUGGAUAUCUCAUUGUAAACAGUACCUCGGAGAGAUUCGGCGUGCAAAGUCUUUGCAAUUCGGUUUGUCUCCAUGGCUUAGUGUGACUCUUGGCAGCCCAGACGACUCUUUCUGCUCUCCCCUACUGUCCUCUGCCACUACAGGUAGCAGCGAGACACGACUAAAGGGACGGUGACCAGAACCCCUGUUACUGGCCUCCGCUCCUGUGGCAAGAUGGAGCUCCAGGCGUCUCACGGGCAGCUAGGAGCAGAGGGGGACUGCGAGAUGUCGAGUCUGCUGUUGGCCAGUCCCCAGAGCGAGGCGGUGACCCAUGAGCUGGAGGAACUGUCGCUGCAGCCACUUCCUCCACUCAACGAACGGAAAAACGGCCAGGACUCUCAGUCUCAGACAAUGGCCUGUUUGGAGGUAGAGACCCAAAGUGACUGCACUAGGUUCAGAGCAGUCCUGCAGUUGAGGCUUCAGCAAAGGCGAACCCGGGAGCAGCUGGUGGAACAGGGCAUCAUGCCACCUCUGAAGAGCCCGGCAGCUUUCCAUGGCCAGAUCCGCAGCUUGGAGAGAGCCAGGACCGAGAAUUUCCUCAAGCACAAGAUCCGCAGCCGUCCAGAGAGAGCAGAGCUGGUCAGGAUGCACAUCCUGCAAGAGACCGGAGCAGAACCCUCACUACAGGCCACCCAGAUGAGACUGAAGAGGGCCCGGCUGGCCGACAACCUGAACGAGAUGUUAGCCCAGAGACCCGGCCCCAUGGAGCUGGUGGAGAAAAACAUCCUUCCCGUGGAUUCCAGCGUUAAACAGGCCAUCAUCGUGGGUCAGGUGAAUUAUCCCAAAGUAUUGGAUGAAGACAGCAAUGAUGCCCUGUCCCCGGAACAGCCGGCCAGCCAGGAGUCUCAGAAUUCUGUCCCCUCUCCCGUGGAGAGCAAAGUGCCAGAGAUGCCCUCUCCAGCCCCAGCACCACCACCACCACCACCACCACCACUACCACUACCACUACCACAAACACCCACUACCAUGCUACAGGCCUUCCCAGUUGCUUCACAAGCAGCAACAGACUUUAUGAAAGCGAUGUCUACCAUUGAGCAGCCUGCCAGCCGCCCAGCUGUCACUCCUGCACAGAUAUUCACCACAGCUGCUCCUUCCAAACCAGGCCCAACACUGGUGAAACAAAGCCAGCAGAAGUCUCCCUCAGAGAAGAGCCGCAGUAAGAAGGGCAAAGAGCCCAAGUCCAGGGUGAAAAAGCUCAAGUACCACCAGUAUGUUCCCCCAGACCAGAAGCAGGAGGCCAGUGAAGCGCCCAUGGACUCCUCUUAUGCCCGAUUGCUGCAGCAACAGCAGUUGUUCCUCCAGCUGCAGAUCCUUAGCCAGCAGCAGCAGCACUACAACUACCAGACUAUAUUGCCAGCACCCCUUAAGCCUGUGGCCGAGGGUCAGAGCAGCAGCGCCGGCAGCCUGCCAACCUCCAUCGUGGUAUUGCCCAACGCUCCUCCACCUCCCCCCGUGACUCCGGCUCCGGGUCGUCCAAACAACUCGCUGUCAAACCGCAAGCCAGGAGUGUUGCCUGCCAACCUGGAGGAGAUGAAGGUGGCUGAGCUAAAACUGGAGCUAAAGCUGCGUGGCCUCCCCGUGUCAGGAACGAAGACCGAUCUGAUAGAAAAACUGAAGCCUUUCCAGGACAAUCACUGCACCUCUUCUCCUACCACCACCACCACCUUCUCCUCCAUCCCCAUGGAGGUCACCACCACCACUAAAACCCCCGCUAUAGUUUUUCCAGUCCAGCAAGUUGCUCCAGAGACCAUUAACCCCACACCGCCGGUCUCACCCAUUCCCGCUGAUCGCUCCACCCUCCAGCAGGAUGCAGGCAAGUCUGAGGCUGGAGCACAGAGGGGGAGCUCACCUCUCCCGUCUUUCCCCGUCCCGGAGGAAAAGGACAGGCGGCUCCAUGAGAAGGAGCAGCAGAUAGUGGAGUUGAUGAGGAAGCUGGAGCAGGAGCAGAGGUUGGUGGAGGUGCUGAAGAUGCAGCUCGAGGUGGAGAAGAGAGGCCAGGGAGGCUGCACCGCUGACCCUGCCUCCGCGUCUCCCAAACUCACUUCUGUACCGGCCAUGAAUCCUGUUCCCACCGUCCUGAACUCGAACGUAAUAAAAAUGGAAGGUGCAGUCCUGUCGAACUGUUCAUCCACCACAGCUGCAAUCCCCAACUGUAUCCUGGGCUCGCAGACCCUCGCUCCCCUGCCAACAGUGGUGAAGUUGGAGGAUGUGACUGUUUCUUCUGUCAAGCCGCUCCAGCUCCAGACCCAAACCCAAACCCAGCUCAUCAACCAGAUCCAGCCCAAAGUACAGCCCCAAAUAACCAACAGCCCAAAGAUCCUCUCCCAAUCACAGAGAAGUCUCAAGCUUCAGACCCAGCCACAGUCCCAACCUGCAGCCGCCAGCCUGCAGCAGUUCUUCAUCAGCCACCCAGGUGGGGUGUCCCAGGUGCUCGGUCAGCCUCAGACCUUAUUAACCACGGCUGGCCAGGCUGGGAGGAUCCUCCUUCCAGUCUCACUACCCAAAAACGCUACUGCAAUCCAGCUUCCAAGCUCCACUGUCAGCCUGCAGCCUGUUCUUCAGGCCACAGUCUCAAAUCCAGGCCUGGUCCAAGCCUCAGUUCCUCAGCUGCAAACCACUAAGAUGGAGACAGCACCCAGCCAGCAGUUAACCAACCACAACCCAUUGCUACAGACUCUGACUAUGUGCAAAAACACCUUGGAGAACCAGACUAGGCCUGAGAUGAAUCCCCAGUGUUUCCUGAGGACCUCCCCAGAGAACAGGGUCUCUCCACGGGCUUCACCCAACAACAACAUCUCCAACGGACUCCUCAAUAAGUCUCCUUCUCCCCAGCCUACCUUCAUCCUUCAGCCCACCUCCCUUGUUACUCAGCCUCGCAAGACUAGAGAGCCUCCCCGCUACGAGGAUGCCAUCAAACAGAGCCGCAACUUGCACAGCAACAAUGUUUCACAGGUUCCCACGGCAACCAGCCAACAAAUGGAUGACUUGUUUGACAUCCUUAUACAGAGUGGAGAAAUCACUCCAUUUAUCCAGCAGGACCCCCAUAUGUCUUUCACUAAGACAAUCCCAGUCACAGCGAGCAUCUCCACCCUGCCGGUCAACACCGCUCUCUCCCGGCCACCUCCACAGAUCCAGGUGGCUCCUCCGCCCGCCCCAAGCCCCAUCAUGGACCACAGCCUGCCCGGCCUCUCCUCGCUGGCCACAGACAAUCAGCUGGAAGCCUUUCUGGAGAACACACUGGCUGAAACGGCGCCAGCGUCAGACCCGCGCACACAGGGCCUGAUGGAGGAGCUGCAGGCCCAGCUGAUGGAGCAACAGCCCUACUCCCCCAUGGACACAUCAGACCUGUCCUUCUGUGAUUCUUCCUCGCCCUCCUCGCUCAACAUGGGUCUGUCUGACCCGGGGCUGGACAACAUGGAGUGGCUGGACCUCACCAUGCCGCCAGGUCCUGCUGGGCCACUCACACCACUGGGGAUCCCAACGGACUUCCUGGACACACAAGACCUGCAGCUGCACUGGGACUGACCGAGUGGGUGGAUGACAGAAAAAGAAAGACGGUGUCCAGAGAGAGGCAGAGCAGGUCAGUCAGGACUCAAGAGUGAGAGAUGAAUGGAUAAAGAGAAGAAGAAAGGGAUUUGGCGGCCAGAGAGAGGUUGCAUUUUAGCAUGUUAAAUAAGGAGAAGACAUGGCAUUUCUGGGCCAUACCACUCUCACCAGUACAUCCAAACCACCGGUAAUAUUCCCACUAUAGCACAGUAAGAGAUGCUGUACAGACAGUGCACUGAUUCAAGUUGAACUACAAGCAGGAGUUUGCACAGCUUUAAAAGACACCCACUAAUGGCCGAACAUCUACAAUAACGUGGUCACUAAAGGUGAUUGUGGUCACCCAUCAUUUUAGUGAUAAAGAUUUUAAGCAGGCUAGGCUUUUACAGUGUCUGAUGUCAUGAUUUUAGUGAUCACAUGAUUACAGAGCGGAGGAGACGGAGCCAAACAAACACUGUUCGCUCAGACAGUUUAUAAAUACUCUUUAAACCACACUAAUACAGCUUAACUUUCCCUGGGACAGCACCGAUUGCUGAUAUUACCCGUUUAUUUCUACUGGAGGUUCAGCUGGUGGCAAACGCUGCAUUUAUUUUACUAUGUAAGCACAGUAACUAAAUGUAAAAGGGUGGAGGUGGUGUGAUGCGAAGGCGUUUGUUCCACUGAAGCAUACUGUGCCGUACCAGGUCAUUAAAGCUGGUCAUUACAACACAAUAACUGUGUCAUUCUUAAUGACAGCUCACAAGCUCCAGAUGAAAUCUAGUCGUAAUAAACUUAGAUUCGCAAGAAAAAUGCACACAAGGCUUGGCCUGGGACAUCAGUGCGUCAUAGUAGUUGGUACUGACUCAGCCACUAACCACUUCUCCCAGGGAAGCUUAGACUAAACCGGUCCAAGUCUAAAGUGCUUGACAGUUUUUCCUUUGUGAUUGGAAGCCAGACGUGCUCAGUCAGUCCCUGAGCGGAGUUUUAAAGGGAUUUCUAACCGAGAGGAGGCCAGUCCUCUGUUCACACUGCUCCAGACUACCACGUACUGUACAGUACACGUUUGCUGACUAAUCUGAUUUGUUGUAUCAGAUGUGACUGUUUUCUUCUGUUGUAUCACGACCCUGCGGUCGAGCUGACGAACCAAUGACUGUAAAGAACAAAGACUUCAGUCUGAUGACGAGAGGAGGGAGCUCCUCAAUCUGUGUGAGAGCUAUGCACUUAAGAGGCGGCGAGCUCUGGGGACGCGCCUUAAUCACCUCAAAUCAAGGAAAUGUGAACUUUGCAUAUCCAAAGUAAUCGUUGAGAUGAAGUGAUCAAUACAGUUGUGAUCAACGUAAAGAUCAUGUGGCCAAUUGCUUCAGAGAUACUCCAGUUGUUGUCCAGGUAUCUUGUUUUGAAUGUAAUUUUGAAAAACAGAACUUUACUCACAAAGUUGGCAGCUUUUUUUUUUUCUUCCAAUAGUGAACUGACUUAUACAAACGGUGGAAAGGGAACAAAUAUCAGUUUAUGAGACAUGCAGACAAACAUCCCGAAUAGGUGUGGAGGGCAAGUUAUAUCAAGGAAUACAGAUGUCUUUGGAGAGGGUGUGUGUGUGUGUGUGUGUGUGUGUGUGUGUGUGUGUGUGUGUGUGUGUGUGUGUGUGUGUGUGUGUGUGUGUGUGUGUGUGUGUGUGUGUGUGUGUGUGUGUGUGUGUGUGUGUGUGUGUGUGUGUGUCACAAUAUUGUAAAGUAAGACUGAUGAAAUAGCUUGUGAUGCGUCAGCCACUGUGGUCUGUAGACCAAGUUAGUUUCCUGACCAAGUGGGCAGAAGCAGGCAAGUGUGUGUGUGUGUGUGUGGAAUUGUCUUCCUGUCUUUUGCAUGUCCACCCGUGUCUCUGUGUGCAUGAUUGUAUUCACGUUUAAUCUCGGGCUGUUUCGAGCUCUUUCUCAGCCGUCGCCCACAAGUUGUCUGAAGAAACUUUGAUGAUAUCGAUGAAAUCAAAUCAUUCGACAUAUUUAAAACUUCCCUCUUCAAAAGGCUUCUGAUGACUGUUGACUGUUUUCAUCUGUGUUGUUCAGUUGGAGUCAUCCAGUCCAAAAAUGCACAGACACCUUUAAGGUGGGAUACAUAGUGAAGAGGGCUUAGCUACUUUUAAAGCUGUCAUAAUUCCAGAUGUUUAUUUUAACGGAUUGCAUCAUGUCCCACUUGCUGUUCCUUUAUAAACCUAAGUAUUGAGUUACUGAUUUAGUAUCUCAGUUUAAGCUGAUGUUCUGGGAUUGAUGCACUCUCACUGUAUGGCACUUUGAUAUACGAUUCCUUUUUUUAAUUGUCUUUUUAUUUUUUUUAACAGUCAUGUCCAGUUAAAUUUUCAGUUUCAGUACAUUUCAGCCACUUAAAUCUGCCAUUGCGUCCAUUGACACUAGAGGGCGCCUCUCUUCUGUUGUGGCACAUUUUCAGGGUCAUUUCUACCAGGAACAAAAUUUAAAUGGGGCUUUUUUUUUUCUCUUGCUUUUUAAAUGUAUUUUACUGCCUGUGUAAUGCUAAAUUUCUGUACAUCAGCAAUACUUCGGAGCCCUUUAUGUCAACACUGUCUUGUCAAAGAUGUAUGAUGCUCUUAUGGCUGCAGUUCUACAUUUAUCAUCAGAUCAGAUGGAUGCACCCAAAUCCAAAACAUUUGACCAUCUAAAAGAGUUGCGUCUAAUACUGCCCAGACCCUGGGCUGUGUAGUUAUUUUAGCUGUUUUCCCUCAUGGGCACCCCUGGUUUUUCUUCCAUCGGUGUUCUCGGUCUAGUUGUAUUUCUUUUUUUUUUCCACGUUGCUGCAAGUUUUAAUCCCACGUGGGAUUAACAGUAAGAUAUCUAGUUGAUUCUUGUGUAUCCUAGAAGAAAUGACUAGAUCAUAUUUUUUUCUUUCCAGUCUGUCACCUUUAAGGCUCUCAUAUUUAAUAUGUUGUUGCCAAAAAAGGCAGUGGAUCAUACUACCACACUUUGUUUAUUUUCUCACUUUUUUGUAUCCAUAUCACCUUUUUUCGGAGGGUGAAAAGAAAAAUCAAUCUUUUAUUCAGCUAAUUUAAAAAUGUCGGAGAGGAUUUCAUGUGUAUAUUUUUGGUUUGCAGUUUAAAAAAAACUAUUUUUCAUAUUAGAAAUGCACACACCUCUUGGCUGCAGUAAAUCUACACAUGUGUGCGAUUUACUCAAUGUGACACCACUUAACAUUGAUUGAUAUACUGUACUGUACAGUUAGUCAGAUCAUGCCUUGAUUUUAUCAUUGUAACAACCUUUACUACAACGCAAUACAGUUUAAAAGGUCAUUCAUAAGUUCAGCAGCACUUAAUAGCUGAGUGGUUGUGUGAAUAGCCCUCUUAAUUUAGAGGUUUGUGGAGGCGGAGUCCAUCUGAAGAAGGGCUAAAGGGUUCUGUCAACUCGUCUACUUUUAUAGUGGAUGGUAACAGAUGUUGGUUCGGGCUUCCCCAUAUCGACUUCAGCUUGUCAUCAUUCAUUGGAAUUUUAUCAUCAACAUUGUACAUGUUUUGGUGGAGAAGACAUUUUAUAAAAUCAAUAUAUUUUGGGGAAAUUUACAUCUUUCAUUGUAGCCGAGUCUCCAUCUCCACCUGCCAUGCCUCUUGUUGUUUGUAUGCCAUAUGUUUUGCACAUUGUGUACAUAUUUCUAUAGAUGUAAUGCAUAUUUUUCUACAUGUGUAACAUCCAUGGGUUCUUUAUUUUGUAAAUACUCCAAAAGAUGUAUAUGAGUACUGUAUGCCUUUAUGUGUCAAUAAAAUGUGUUGUACUGUGAA